AUGCACCUCUCUUGGCCUCAUCUCCGCGUCCCAAAGGCUCGUUCGGCCUUUGCAGAGGGAAAUGCUCGCUGGACCAAUCGUGAUCUUGAUCCGAUUGCUCGUCUGGAUCGCAAGUGGGGAGUUGCUAGUCUCAUAGCUUACUGGAUUUCCGAUGCCUUCAACGCUGCUACUUGGCAAUUUGCCAGUAGUAUUAUCGCGGUCGGAUUAACCUACCGCGAGGCUCUCGCGAUCGUGGCCAUCUCCUUCUUCAUUAUGUCCUUCGUCAUUGCGGGGAACGGUGCGGUCGGUGCCAUUUACCACGUCCCUUUUCCCGUCAUUGCACGCGCCAGCUGGGGCUUCUGGGGCUCAUAUAUUGCCAUUAUCUCCAGACUCAUUCUUGCGAUCUUCUGGUUCUCGAUUCAAAAUGUAAAUGGAGCCAAUGCGGUCCGAGUCAUGAUCGGAGCCAUCUGGCCGAGUUAUCUGACACUGCACAGCGAUAUCCCUGAAUCUCAGGGCAUCACGACCAAUACUAUGAUCGGAUUUCUCAUUUUCUGGAUCGUCCAACUCCCUUUUCUCUGCUUACACCCCAACCGACUGCGUUGGCUAUUCACCGUGAAAUCCGUACUGGUUCCCAUCGCUUGGAUCGCCAUUUUGAUUUGGGCUUUUGUAGCAGAGAAAGGUGGAGGAGGAAUCUUCCAACAGCAAAAGCCCUCUGUUUCUGGAUCGAAGUAUAGCUGGCUAUUUCUAGCCAAUAUGACCAGUGUGCUUGGAAACUAUGCCACACUCAGUGUUAAUCAGUCGGAUUUCUCCCGCUAUUCGCGCGUCAGCCCUCGAUGGCAACUUCUCUAUAUUCCCAUGCUACCAAUAGUCUUCACUUUCAUCUCAUUCAUUGGUAUUGCAGCAUCAUCUGCCGGCCAAGCCCAUUAUAAUCUAGCAGAGCUCCCCUGGGACCCACUGGUUCUCAUCAGCUACUGGCCAAACCGGGCAUGUCGGUUCUUCGCUGGUUUCUCAUUCGCCCUCGCAUCACUGGGUGUUAAUAUAUCGGCCAAUUCCAUAUCUGCCGCCAAUGAUUUCACAGCGCUUGCCCCCGAGGUACUUAAUAUUCGUCGUGGUCAGAUACUCUGCGCCGUAUUAUCGUGGGCCCUCGUCCCUUGGAAGAUCCUAGAAUCAGCAGGUAACUUCCUCACAUUCAUGUCUGCGUAUGCGAUAUUUCUUGGUCCCAUUGCGGCAAUCAUGUUGUUUGACUUUUGGGUCGUCAAUCGUCGUCGAUACGAUUCUCUGGCGCUAUAUCAGCCCUGGAACCCGAUUUAUCGGUAUAGCUGGAAACUUCCCGGUUUAUCACGAUCGAUAUACGGCAUAAAUUGGCGCGCUCUUGUCGCCUUCCUUGUCGGCGUCGCCCCGAAUCUGCCCGGUCUUAUCAAUGCAGUUAAUCCGAAGAUUGAUGUUGGAGUAGGUGUGCAUCCGUAUCAAUUCGGCUGGCUACUGGGCUUUUUUGCGACGGCCCUGGUUUAUCUAGUCCUAUCUCGGUUCUUCCCUGCCGAGGAAACAAAGAUCCAUCGUGCAAUACUACCCGAGGAAGUCUACGAAGGGGCAGACACUCACGUCGUUGUGGAGGGGUUGGAUACGGAUGCUAGUAGCACGGAGAAAGCAGCAGCACCGGCGGUAGAGAAGCAGCUGCCCGGUGACUUCAGUACGAAGAUUGUUUAG